AUGGCGACCACCAUCAGCCGUCGGCUUGAGAAUGGGGAGAAAGGCUCCAUUGCCGUUGAGUCCCAGCUCAAGGCGUCUGACUCGGACGACAGCAUCCAAGCCCCUCCCUUGGGACUCAACCUGGGUGUCCAGGCUGACGAAAAGAAAUUCUGGUUCCAAAGAGGCAAAUCCUACGACCCUAACGCCAUCGCGACGCAACCGUCUGUUUUUGACGACCCAGAGACUGCGAAACACUACCAGCCACCGUCAACCUGGGAGAACAUCCGACGCUUUGACCCAAGUGCAAGAUGGACCUGGGGGGAGGAGUACAGACUCGUGCGCAAGAUUGACUUCAAGAUCAUGAUUUUCGCCUGCGUCAUGUUCAUGGCUUUGGAACUCGACCGCGCCAAUCUGAGCCAGGCUGUCACCGACAACUUCUUGAAGGAUCUUGGAAUGAAUACCAAUGAUUUCAAUUGGGGAAAUACGGUGUUCAAGCUUUCUUUUCUCUGCGCUGAACUUCCUUCCCAGUUGGUGUCGAAAUGGAUGGGACCCGAUCGUUGGAUCCCAACGCAGAUGAUCUUGUGGUCGAUUGUUGCCGCAAGUCAGUUCUGGCUCAGUGGACGCAGUUCAUUCCUGGCUUGCCGGGCGCUCCUGGCACUCCUCCAAGGAGGAUUCAUCCCUGAUAUGAUCUUGUACCUGUCUUACUUCUACAAGCACGGUGAACUCACUCUUCGGCUGGGUUUCUGGUGGACAGCAAUGUCCAUUGCCGACAUCAUUGCCAGCUUCCUCGGCUUCGGUCUCCUCCAUCUCCGUGGAGUUAAUGGAAGGGCAGGAUGGAGGUACCUGUUCCUGAUUGAGGGACUGCUGACCCUCAUCUUUGGGCUGGCUGCGUUCGUCCUGAUGCCACCCGGCCCAUGCCAAACAGCGAACUGGGCGAGAGGAAAGAAAGGCUGGUUCACAGAACGAGAGGAGACCAUCAUGGUCAAUCGUAUCAUCCGUGAGGAUCCCAGCAAGAGUACCAUGCACAACAGGCAACCCAUCACUCCGAGACUGCUGUGGCACAGCAUGCGCGAUUAUGAUCUCUGGCCACUAUACUUGAUCGGGCUGACAUUCCAAACACCCAUGACUACCCCGACCCAGUAUCUGACCUUGUCCCUGAAGGAGAUUGGUUUCGGCACUUUCACAACCAAUCUGCUCGUCAUCCCCUCCCAGGUCGGACAUAUCAUCACGAUGAUGGCUUUCACAUACUUGGCCGAGAUUGUCGGCCAGCUCUGGAUUUUUGGCUUGCUUGCCCAAGUCUGGGCUCUUCCCUUCCUGGCAUACAUCUAUGCGGUCGACAUCAACAAAAUCAACAAUUGGGCUGCGUUCGGCAUCAUGACCGUUUUGCUUGCGUAUCCCAGCACCCAUGCCAUCCAAGUCGGGUGGAAUUCGAGAAACUCCAACUCGGUGCGGAGCAGGACGGUCAGCGCGGCGCUGUAUAAUAUGGGAUGCCAGACCUCGGGUAUCAUCGCCAGCAACAUCUACCGGCAAGACGACCGUCCUCGCUACCGACGUGGCAACCGAGUCUUGGUUUCCCUCUGUGCCGUCAACAUCGGGAUUUACGUUUUCGCCAAAGUCUAUUACGUUCUCCGCAAUCGUCACCGCGACCGGAUUUGGAACGCAAUGAGUGACGAGCAACGCGCAGAGUAUCUGGCGACAACGACCGACCAGGGUAACAAGAGAUUGGAUUUCCGGUUUGCCUCCUAG